AUGGAGAAAAUCUUUCGCGCGCUACCUUGCACAGAGAGACAGAAGGUAGCCUUCGCCACAUUUACCUUCAAAGACGAUGCACAAGAAUGGUGGCUUCUUAUCCUGGAGAAAGAAGAUAUUGUUACUUGGGUAAGAUUCUUGGAGGUAUUCUAUGCAAAAUACUUCCCAGAUUUGCUGCGGGAACAAAAGGCGGCCAAAUUCAUACAUCUAAGGCAAGAAACCAUGACGGUGGCUGAAUACGAGAGCAAGUUCACACAAUUGGCUCGAUUUGCGACAUACGUCAUCCCCACCGAAGCUCGAAAAGCCAGGAAAUUCGAAGCAGGAUUGGAUGUUGAAAUCAAGGACAUGUUGGAGGUUUUGAAACUACCAACCUAUGCAGAGGUGGUGGAUCGAACAUACAUUGCGGAAAAGGGGAUUAAAGGCUUGCACUUUGGGAAACCAAGCCGAAGGAAGCGAUUUUGGGAAAGAGAUAACAGAAGACCCGGUGUUGCGCCUCCCAAGAGGGUAAAUACGAGCACAACUAAUUCAAUUAGUUCAAGCAAUCAAGGUCCUACAAAUCCCAAAGGUGGCACCAUUCCAACUUGUUCUACUUGUGGAAGGAUUCAUUGGGGACAAUGCCGUCGAGACAUGGGAGCAUGCUUUAGAUGUGGCCAAGUUGGCCACUUGCUGAGAGAUUGUCCAAAGCUUGCCAGUCCUACAGCCAGCCCCUUUGAACCAGUCUGA